AUGCCUUAUUCUCACUCCCUCUCUCCUCACCUUCCUCACCUCCCCUUUCACCUCUCUUACCUCCCCCCUCACCUCCCCUCAUGUCCCCUCACCCUCCCCUCACCUCCCUUCACCUUCCUUCCCCCCCCCCCCCCCUCCCCUCCUCCCUUCACCUCCCUUCCUCCCCUCCCCUACCCUCCUCCCUUCACCUCCCUUCCUCCCCUCAUCUCCCCUCACAUCCCGACCUCCUCUCACCUCCCCUCCCCCACUCACCUCCUCUCACCUCCCCUCAUCCCCUCACCUCCUCUCACCCCCUCAUCCCCCUUCCUCCGCUCACCUCCCUUCCUCCCCUGCCACACCUUCUUUUCCUUGAUCAGCCACCUUCCCCAUGGCAAAGAAGGGUGCACCACCAUGGGUCUUUGCCCAUGUGGUAAUGGUUGGGGUUUCCAACCAAUUAGACAAUAG